AUCAAUUUAUCUUUCGUUCUCGCUUGAUAAUUAAAAAUUCUUUUAUUCACCCGCUUCCUCCCCGUGAAGAGUGAACGAACCACAGGCCGGUGGGAGGGGGCAAAGAAAAAAAGAACCAAUCAGGCAUGAUUGCACUUGUUACCAUAGCAUCGCCUCUGCUUACUUCCCGGCGUACCGUGGCUUACUCAAUAUGGCGGCACUGAGUCCUGAGAGUGGAAAUGUGGGGGAUAUUAGGCAAAAGGAAUAGAACCAGCGGAGUCUUGAGUUCGGUAGAGUUACUCCCGCUGCAAGUCCAGUGUGGAAAAAGGCUGCCAGGCUCAAAAUGUUGGAGGAGGCGGAGAAUUCCGUGACCUUAUUGUGCCUUACGGCCAGUAGUGGAGUGCCCUUAUACUGUAGGAGCAGAGGAGGGUCUACAAAGCAGCAGUUACCCUUUUCUGUAAUUGGCUCCCUGAAUGGAGUUCAUAUGUUUGGUUCCAAUUUAGAUGUCCAGCUGAUAGCAGCCCGUACAGAGAAUACUCAUGUGAUGUGGAAAGUGUUUCAUAGUAGUAUCACGCUCAUUGUCUUGUCCUCAGAAGAUGAUGCCAGUGAUUUCAGUCUUGGAAAGCUUCUUGACAAUGUUUUCAAUGCCAUGGUACUAGUUCUGGGCUUGGAGGAACUAACACAUGUUCGUAACAUUGAACGUCUCAAAAAGGAUCUAAAGUCAUGUUAUAAACUGAUUGACAGUUUCCUGGAUCCGGGCAAUAGCUGUGCUGAUCUGACCCAGUGUGUGGAAUGUGCUGUGAUGCCCUCCAGAGCAAUUCUGCAGGAAUGCCUAGAAGCUUUUGCCUCUGCAGCAGAAUCCCGGUUUGGUUGCCUGCUUGUGGGCAGUCAUAUCUUAUGUGCAACUGAACAGUGGUGGCAACUUGCAGCCCCAGAGGCCAUGCUGCUGGUGUGGCUUGUACGUUCCCUUCCUCCACAUACUUCCCGCGAUCUGCCUGUUUACCUUCCCCAAGGCAGUCCUACGGUUCCGCACCGUUUCCUGACCUUUCAGCUUGUGCCUGAUAUGGAAGUAGUAUUGCUCUGUGGGCCUAAUCCCUCCUUACAGUGCCUGACUGAUGAGCUAGUUAAUCAAUUUUGGCAACCACUGCUGGAUCUGCUGAAGGCAACUGCCAGAGGCUCUGCCAGAUGCCUACAACCUGGUAUUGUCCUUUCUCCUGGUAUCCUGGGGUUACUGCUAAUUAAUCAAGACCAAAGGAAAAGCCUCUUUACGGUGCAUCCUCAUGGAGCUUCAACUGAAGGAUCUGAAAUGUCCAUGAAGAUUCGGCUUUGUGCCCUCCGUUCUUUCUAUGCUUUAGUUACUUCCUUAUACUUUCCUUGCGAGAAACAAGAAGAAUACACAGUCCCUCUGCAGGAGGACUUUCAUGCUGGUUUUCCCCACUGUCCUCAGCACUGUUAUAUGGUCUAUACUACGCACAAAGCCUACGUUAUCCAUGGGAGGCAGCACCAGCUCUUCUUAAUCUUGAAGUCAGAUGUACCUACCUUUGCUUUACGAUCCUUAGCAACCUGCACACUACAGGCUCUCACAGCUGAAGAUUCUGCCUUUUGACUUACCUUGUUGAACUUGAUGAUGAAAUUUGGACUGGCGAGCUAGAGCCCCUCAGUAUGGUUAGAAUGACAUAUUUUCAUUCAAAUGUUGUAAUGAAAUUUUCUCUGUGGCAAAUGAUGAUUUAGGCUGCAGAGAAGGAUUUUGAAUUUAUGGAAAUAUUUUCAGAAACAGGAGAAAGUGAAUAAUUCAAUGCAAUUCAAUUCUUCUACCCUCUUAUGUAAGUAGGAGGCAAUACAGCUAAUACAGCUGUCGGUGAUGACUAGUCUUUGGUCUCUAUUCUCCAUGUGUUUAACAUUGGUAAGAAUUUUGUCUCCCAUAAUUUAAUGAACAUUAUGUACUAACAUAAUUUUGUCUCCUAUAACUUAUUAUACAUUAUACACUAAGGUGCUUGGGUCAGACUUAGCCCUAACCAUGAUAUAAUUAUGUAGAAUACAGCAAUUAAUCUUGAGAGCCAGUUUGAUCUAGUGGUUAAGGCACCAGGCUAGAAACCAGGAGACUGCAAAUUCUAGUCCUGUCUUAGGCAUGAAAGUCAGCUGGGUGAUCUUGGGCCAGUUAUGCUCUCUCAGCCUAACCUACCUCACAGGGUUGUUGUGAGGAAAAGAGAAAGAAAUAUAAGUUCACAUCUUGCAUUAUUAUUAAUAUUAUUAUUAUUAAUAAUAAUAAUAAUAAUAAUAAUAAUAAUAAUAAUAAUAAAGGCGGGAUAUAAAUAAAUAGGUAUGGAAGCUGCACCGUGACAGAACUGCUGAACUAAAUUUUCCUUUUAAAUACAUUUCAGCAUAGUAGUAGCAAUAGCACUUAGGUUUAUAUACUGCUUCAUAGUGCUUUACAGCCCUCUCUCAGUGGUUUACAGAGUUAGCAUAUUGUCCCCAACAUUCUGGGUUCUCAUUUUACCGACCUCAGAAGGAUGGAAGGCUGAGUCAACCUUGAGGGGAUCAGGAUCGAACUGCUGGCAGUCAGCAGAAUUAGCCUGCAACACUGCAUUCCAACCACUGCAUGAACUACCUCUCAUGCAUUCACCUAUAACUCUGUGUAUGAAUCAGUGCAGGAGAGGGAAAAGAGUUAUGUUUACAGAAAUUGAUACUACCCUUAUUUAUAGCUAGCUGUUUAUACACUCUGCAUUUGCUUCUGUCAUUGUUUCAUUAGAACAUGCAAAGAGCCUUGAUCAUAUACAAGGUUGUUUUUUUUUUUUACUGUGUAAUAAAAAGUAUACUG